CCAGUCACGUGACGAGCAACUAUGGCUUCCCUCUCGUAGUGAUGGAGGCGCAUCGUUGAUAUCAAAACAAAACUGUAACUGUAUUCAUUUAUUUGUCCACAGACACAAGUUGGAUUUACGAUGCAGAAAAUCAAGUCUCUUAUGACCCGGCAGGGCCUGAAAAGUCCACAGGAAAGCAUGGCAGACCUCAGUCCUGUAGAGAACCUGAGAAUCCCGAGCAAGGAGGAGUUGCGGGAGCUAAGAGAGCAGCCCAUCGACCCCGAGGCUGAGCAGGAGAUCAUCGACAGCAUCGAGGAGGUCUACUUCUCUAACGACUCCUUCGACAUGGUGCAGCACGAACUGGAGAAACUACCACCUGAGCUGAACCUGCAGGAGCUGGAAGAGUACAGAGACAAGCUGAAAAGACAACAGGCAGCAGUUUCUAAAAAGGUCGCCGAUCUCAUUCUGGAGAAACAGCCCGCUUAUGUCAAGGAACUGGAGCGAGUGACGGCAUUACAGACAAACCUGCAGCUGGCAGCGGUCAUUUGCACUAAUGCAAGGAGGCAACUGAGCGUGGCUAAGGAGGGAUUCACAGAAGCCAGCUUGGGUCUAUUAGCCAAUCAGAGGAGACGGCAAUUGCUGACAGGCCUGCUUAAGUCACUCAGGACUAUCAAGACGCUGCAAAGAACUGAUGUAAGACUCAGCGAGAUGCUAGAGGAGGAAGACUAUCCCGGUGCAAUCCAGCUCUGUCUGGAAUGUCAAAAGGCUGCCAGCACCUUUAAACACUACAGCUGCAUCAGCGAAUUGAAUUCCAAACUACAAGACACUCUGGAGCAAAUAGAGGAGCAGCUUGAUGUCGCCCUGUCGAAGACUUGUAAGCACUUUGAUGUUUCCCACUACACCAAGGUCCAGCUGGCUUACACGCUCCUGGGGAAGACACAGACUGCUAUGGACCAGCUGCACAUGCACUUCACCCAGGCCAUCCACAACACGGUGUUCCAAGUGGUGCUGGGAUACGUGGAGCUAUGUGCCGGAAACGCUGAUACCAAAUUCCAGAAGAUGCAGUACAAAGACCUGUGCACGCAUAUCACCCCGGACAGCUACAUUCCCUGCCUGACAGAUCUAUGCAAGGCAUUGUGGGAGGUGAUGCUGAGCUACCACCGCACCAUGCAGUGGCACGAAGAGCAUGACAAACAGGAGACCACUUCAACUGCAGGUGAAGUAGCGGCAGCAGAGUCUGAUGAGGGUGUGGUGGACCGCAGCUAUGUAAAGAAGAAGCUAGAGCAUGGGCUGACACGGAUCUGGCAGGACGUCCAGUUGAAAGUAAAGGCCUACAUUCUGGGGACAGACAUGUCUCACUUUAAAUAUGAUGAUUUCAUUGUGGUACUGGAUGUCAUCAGCAGGUUGAUGCAGGUGGGUGAGGAGUUCUGCGGCAGUAAGUCAGAGGUCCUGCAGGAGUCUAUCAAACGCCAGAGUGUCAACUACUUUAAAAACUAUCACAGGGCAAGACUGGAAGAGCUGAGGAUGUUUCUGGAAAACGAGACAUGGGAACUUUGCCCGGUUAAGUCUAACUUCAACAUCUCCCAGCUCCAUGAGUUUAAAUUCAUGGGCCAGUGUCGUUCUCCGUCCGUUUCCCCAAGCAAACAGGUUGCGUCCUCAACCAGCCCGGCUCAAGAGGAGCUGUCUCUGUUCCAGCAGUACCUUCAAGAAGGAAACCCCUUUGAGAUGCAGGCUGAGCGUAAAGAGGAGGAGACAGAGGAUGUGCUGGCGUCUAAUGGGUACGAGUCAGACGAGCUGGAGAAGAGUGUGUAUCAAGAUUACGACAGCGACAGCGAUGUCGCUGACGAGCUCAAGCAGGACUACGUGGACGAGCAGACGGGUGAUGUUCCACUCAAGAGUGCAUCUCGAGAGACCAUAAGAAGCAAGAAAAAGUCUGACUACAACCUCAAUAAGACCAAUGCACCGAUUCUCACCAACACCACCCUCAACGUCAUUCGGCUUGUUGGCAAGUAUAUGCAGAUGAUGAACAUUCUGAAGCCGAUCGCCUUUGAUGUCAUCCACUGUGUGUCACAGCUCUUUGACUACUACCUGUAUGCUGUAUACACCUUCUUUGGUCGCAAUGACAUGCCUGUCCCUAGCCCGUCUUUGCCAUCUCACGGUGGCAGAGAUGUGUGCCCUGCCAGGGUGGUGGGCCCUGCUUGCUUGUAUGAGUCAUCGGGCCUGGGUCUUAUCAGCAGCAGACUGAGAACUACACUGAACCGGAUCCAGGAGAGCCUCAUUGACAUGGAGGCAGUGGGAGAAAAUGCUGGAGUCCACGGCACAGCAGAGGACAGAAAGGAGAAGGUUCCCAGCCCCCAUCUCAGCCAAAUGGUGGUCCUCACUAACAGUGGGACUCUUUAUGGGCUAGCACAGAGGGUGGUGGCCACUGAGUCUCUCGUGUUUCUGGCGGAACAGUUUGAAUCCCUCCAGUCCCACCUGGACACAAUGAUGCCUGCAGCCAAGAAGCCUUUCCUGCAACAGUUUUAUUCCCAGACGGUGUCGACCGCCAGUGAACUUCGGAAACCAAUAUACUGGAUUGUUGCGGCCAAGGCCAUCGAUUACGAGCAAAUGUUGCUCCUGAUGGCUGGAGUUAAAUGGGACAUUAGGGAGAUAAUGUCACAGCAUAAUGUAUAUGUGGACGUCCUGUUAAAGGAGUUUGAGCAAUUCAACAUGCGGCUGGAGGAAGUUUCCAGACAUGUGCGCAUCCCACUGCCUGUGUCCAACGUCCUGUGGGAGCACUGCAUCCGCCUAGCCAACAGGACUCUAGUAGAAGGCUAUGCUAAUGUAAAGAAAUGCAGCAACGAGGGCCGGGCCCUGAUGCAGCUGGACUUUCAACAGUUCCUUAUGAAGCUGGAGAAGCUGACCGACCUGCGACCCAUCCCUGAUAAAGAAUUUGUUGAGACCUACAUCAAGGCCUAUUACCUGACAGAGAAUGACAUGGAGCAGUUCAUCAAGAACCACAGGGAGUACUCCAUGAAGCAGCUAGCCAACUUGGUGAACGUUUGUCUGGGUUCACAUAUAAAUAAGAAGGCUCGUCAGAAACUCCUGGCAGCCAUAGAUGACAUUGACAGACCCAAGAGAUAGGUUGAUGAACGGAGCGGUCCUCGAUCGCUUCAACCAGCCACAGAGAUGGACACUCCAACAGAGGAACUCCCACUGUGGAGCUCAGCGUAGAAUGUCUUCAUUUUCAGUAUAGAGCAUACAUGAUGUGUUGUGUUUAACGAGUUAGACAGCGAAUACAGAAGUAGAUCUGCUGUAAACAGCAAUUUCAAAGCUCAAAUGUUAGCCAGAUGCUAAAUAUCUGUUAAUAUAUGUGGUCAAAAACACAUAAUGUCAUUCAUGAUAUUCUGAUUAACAUAAAUACUAACACUGGCACUCUCAAGCAUGCUGCAGUUACUCUAUGCUUACAGCAGAUGUAUCAUACAUAAUGCAUGCCCUGACAUUUUCAUUUAACAAACAGGCCUCCGCUCAUGAAGUUUUUCUGCAAAUUGUCUGCAACCACAACAAUUUUAGUCUCUUUAAUGUUCAUAAGGAUGAGUUUCAGAUAAACUAUUACAGCUAUCUUAACAAUGUAAUGUGAAGUGUAGCUUGACGAUGUGGCCGUUUGUGGAAUUACAUCAGUUUUCACCAAACGUGCUCGAUUUGUGAUACAACGCUGAAGUUAUUCCAUCCCAUUUGUCCGCUGUAUUUUCUUUCACUUCUGGUUAUUUGUUGUGCCUAAUUGGAUGUUCCGCUUCUUUGUUCUGUUGGUUUUGUCCAUGAAUUACAUAAAUCUAAUAUAAUGAUGAUUCUGAAAAUGAUAUAAAUUGCUGUGAUUACCAUUCACAUGGAGUGUAUCUGCACUAGCUGUAUUUGUUUGUUUUGCCAUUUGUCAUAUCUGAGGAGUUUUUAAAAUCUUUGUGAAACCCUUAUCUCGGAGUUCAGUCUCAGGCGUUCUUAAUGAGCGGUGAGAUCUGCUUUGUAGGUUUGUGCAGUCAUGUACUGAUUAUGUGAUUUCUCAUGAGUUAGUAGGUGUACUUUGUCAAAAGAGCUUUCUCCCCCGCUGCAGUCAUUUCUAUUAGUUUACUUUGAUGAGACCUGCUGAGAGGACAGAUUGAUUUACUGUCAAAAAGGGGGGGGGGGGUUACAUUUUUUGAUAUAGAAUUACGUUUUCCGUGCAACUAUUCCAAGAAGAAUGCUGUAAAUGUGAAUGUUUUGAACAAUGUCUGUAUUUAUUUCUUGCUUUAUGUCUGGGUUUUAUAUGAUAAUUGCUGAACGUGGGCUUGUCAUUGAUCACCUCUCAGUCUCUUGUGUAACUUAUCAACGGAAGCUAAUACAAAUAUUUAAACAU